CGGCUGGCGGCGCGGGCUGCGGGCCGGCGGGCGGGGACGGCAGGCUGGGGGCAGCGGCGGCGAGGGGGCCGCGGCGGAGGGCGUCGGGCGCAGCAUGGGCGGCCCGCGGGCCUGGGCGCUGCUCUGCCUCGGGCUCCUGCUCCCCGGGGACAGCGCCGCGUGGAGCGUCGGGGGAGCUCCGUUCUCCGGACGCAGAAACUGGUGCUCGUACGUGGUGACCCGCACCGUCUCGUGCCACGUGCAAAAUGGCACCUACCUCCAGCGGGUGCUGCAGAACUGCCCCUGGCCCAUGAGCUGCCCAGGGAAGAGCUACAGAACUGUGGUGAGACCCACGUACAAGGUGAUGUACAAGACGGUGACCGCCCGUGAGUGGAGGUGCUGCCCCGGGCACUCAGGGCUGACUUGCGAGGAAGUUGCAGGCUCCUCUGGCCUCAUGGAGCCCAGGUGGCCUGGCAGUGCCAUGAGGAGGAUGGCAUUCCAGCCCACGGCCUUCUCAGAUUGUCUCAAUUGCAGCAAAGUGUCAGAGCUGACGGAGCGGCUAAAGGUGCUGGAAGCCAAGGUGGCCGUGCUGACUGUCACGGAGCAGGCAGUGCCCCCGAGCCCCGCUGCCUCCGAAGAUCCCACCCCGCUCUGGGGCUCCCCAGCCACCCAGGGCAGCCCUGGAGAUGGGGGCCUCCAAGGGCUGCCAGGAGCCAGAGAGAGCGUGAGGGCCCCACUGCUCCCUCGAGGUGACCGAGUUGGUGCUUGGGGGCUACUGGGGCCCACCGGCCCCAAAGGAGAUGCCGGCAGCCAGGGCCCAACAGGGAUGAGAGGCCCCCCAGGUCCUCAGGGCCCCCCAGGGAGCCCUGGCCAGCCCGGAGCUGUGGGCAUCCCUGGAGAGAGGGGACCUCCAGGCCCACCAGGGCCCCCCGGCCCACCUGGUCCCCCAGCCCCCAUGGGGCCACCCCACGCCCGGAUCUCUGAGCAUGGGGACCCAUUACUGUCCAACACCUUCACCGAGACCAGCAGCCACUGGCCCCAGGGACUCACUGGGCCCCCAGGCCCCCCAGGGCCCAUGGGUCCCCCUGGGCCUCCUGGCCCCAUGGGCAUCCCUGGGAGUCCUGGACACAUGGGACCUCCAGGCCCCACUGGCCCCGAAGGACUCUCCGGUCGCCCAGGAGAGAAGGGCGAGCGAGGACUGCGUGGGGAACCUGGCCCCCAAGGCUCUGCUGGGCAGCAGGGAGAACCUGGCCCCAAAGGAGACCCUGGUGAGAAGAACCACUGGGCUCCUAGCUUACAGAGCUUCCUGCAGCAGCAGGCUCAGCUGGAGCUCCUGGCCAGACGGGUCAGCCUGCUGGAAGCCAUCAUCUGGCCAGAACCAGAGCUGGGGUCCGGGGCAGGCCCUGCUGGCACGGGCACCCCCAGCCUCCUGCGGGGCAAGAGGGGAGGACACACAGCCAACUACCGGAUCAUGGUCCCCAGGAGCCAGAAUGAGAAGGGCUGAGGGCAGCAUGGCCCUGGGGCUGGGCUGGGGCUCCCUUCCCAGUCAUGGCUGGCCAACCCCCUCCCAAGGACCCCCCAUCCGUAUUUAUUGAUGUCUUCAGGAUCCCUUCUGCCAUCUAGACCUUUGGGGUAGGCGAGUCUGUCCUGGCACCUGUAUGUCUGCUGCACGUGAGACUGAGCAGCACCUGGGGCCUGAGGAAGAGUGAGCAGCUCAUAGAGAGCUCUGCACCUCAGUUUCCCUCUGUAAAACGGGGUGCAGGGAGGAGGUACUGGGGACAAGGCUGUUUGGCUCCUUGUCAGCUGCCUGGGCAUCCAGGCCUGGAGGGACUUAAGGAGGUGGUAGUUUGGGCUCUGCCUGGUCUCCAAAACAUGCAGGGAUGGUGGGGGGCAGCUUGUUUCACAAUCCCCCCUGCCCCAAUCAAACCUCGGGGAGCCCAUUUGUACCCACUCCCCUUGUUUCUGGUGCUGGGUUCCUGACCCUGAGGUCAGACUGCCUGACUUCCGGCUGGUGGGUAUGGGGCUCCUUGCCUCAGAUCUGCUCCCUGAACCCCCAGCCCCUCCCCAGUGUGCCAGGCAGUGGAUGGGGCAUGGAGGGGGCGCGGCCACCCACCCUAACAGACGCUGUGACAGACGCUGGCAGGUAGAUGUGUACUGGCCAAUAAAGGCCCCUGCCUGAUUCCCCA